AGAAGUGGAGGGAGAACGCCUUCAGGGACGGCUGGUAAAUCUUAACCCCAGCCAAAGCACUGCGAUAAAUAUAGUUUCCUUGAACAUUGCUAGACCAAGCAGAGGGUAAUAUGGCAAGAGCUGUACACAGAGAACAAACUGACAUCUCCAUGGAUUAUGCAAAUCUACCAGAUCCAUCAGCCUGCAGGCGCUCUGACAUACACAAUGAAGUGCAUCUUGCUGCACCAGGGAGAAAGCUGUACAAACUGGUUGCUUUAAGCUUUGCAUUCCUCUGUAUCCUACAAGUCGCUCUCAAUGUCUCACUGCGGCUUGGUUUCUACAGUCUAGACAUUUGCAAUAAUGAGACUGAGGAUUUAGAUAAACUAAGAAAAUUGGCUGAUGACUAUUUUCAACAGGGAUGGUUGUAUUUCCAUCCCAGUUUGUAUUAUAUUUCAUUAAUCAAGAAAACCUGGCAGGAGAGUAGAGAGGACUGUCUGCAAAGAGGUGCAGACCUGGUGAUCAUUAAUACCAAAGAUGAACAGGAUUUCACAAGACAGUUUCACAAGUUCACAUGGAUUGGCCUAAAUGACACCACGAAGAAAGGGAACUGGAAAUGGGUGGACGGGACUCCACUGACCAAAAGUUUCAGUUACUGGGGCACAGGGGAGCCCAACGGUUUUGAACACGAUAAUGAAUCUUGUGUAGAGAUUAGGUUCUAUUACCAAGAAAACAGCUGGAAUGACGAACCAUGUGAUGCGCAGAACUUUUGGAUCUGUGAGAAAAAUGUGUAUCUUUAACUGAAAGUUUUAAAUUUUGUAAAACUGAAAUGUACAUGUUCACUUUGAAAACAUAAAAUCACAAUUCAUGAUCAAUAACUUGUGUGAUACAGUUUUAUUAUGUUUUCUUUUUUGGUGGUAGUUUUUUUUUUUUAUU